CACGUUUUGAACGAGCAAUGAAUUUUUAAGAGCUCACGCCAGCCGCCGGUCAUAAUAACAUAUUGAGAUUUUAACAGUACAAUCGACUCAGUGUUUAAUCAAAAAAAUAUUAAUAUAAUAUUAAUAAUAUCAUUUGAAAAAGAUGAACUUGGCUAUCUCUGCCUCUUUUUAUGGUGUAGAAGCUCGGUCAACAAUCACGCUGUCAUCCUCGGAAGAUUGACGAAAUACGAAAGUGCGGAAGGCUUUUCUUUGUACGCGUCCGAACCGUUGGAUCUUUCCUCGUACAUAAUUUUCUUGAAUUAUUAUUCGUUGAUUAAAAUAUUGCAUCGUAUUAUGAAAUUUCACCGUUCAUCGUACAGCUUCGAUAACAAUUUUUGUACGACACAACAAUUCUCUCGAACAAUUUGAAAACAUCGAAUGUUUGAGAUAAAAAAUUUAAUGGACUACCGGCCAUAGACGGACUGAGAGAGUUUUUUUAGGAAUAUACGGUUGUUAUAUGACCAACAAGGGCUCGAGGAUUCAGAGUAGAAACGCAGUCUGAAGCAAAACUCCUGAGUGAAGAGAAGCUCGACGACUUAACGCGGUAACGUUCUGUUUCUGUGAAAUUUCAACCAACAUGUCACAACAUCAACAAAAAUACGUUCUCGGAAUCGACCUUGGCACUACCUCGGUCAAAGUCAUUGUCCUGUCCAAGGAAACUCGACAUAUCGUUGCUAAACAAACGAAAGACACGCAAGCCAACGUCCCCAGCGACUUGGGCAUCGAGGGGAACAAGCAAGAUGUGCCGAAAAUUCUUUCCGCUGUUCACAAUUGUGUAUCCAGACUUCCCAAGGAUCUUUUGCAUCAGGUUGACAGCAUCGGAAUAUGCGGCCAGAUGCACGGUGUAACCCUGUGGAAAAAUCUUAUCGAUUCGGCGAGCAAAGAGGACGCUACCUUCAAGUUAGAAGUCGAAAAAGAAAAUGUUUCGAAUCUCUACACAUGGCAAGACGGACGUUGUGAUAUGAAUUUUUUGAAAACCCUGCCACCAUCCAAUAGCCAUCUUCCGGUUCACACGGGAUACGGAUGUGCCACGUUGUUUUGGUUCGCCAGAAACAGAGCAGAUAAACUUGAGAAAUAUGAGCGAUGCGGUACGGUACAAGACCUCGUGGUGAAGCUACUGUGUGGCAACGAUCACGUGAUUAUGAGCACCCAAAACGCUGCGAGCUGGGGAUACUUCAUGCCUGAGGAGGCACGCUGGGAAACGGAUACUUUGACUGACGCUGGAUUUCCGGUACAUCUUUUGCCAGAUGUCAUAUUGGAGCCCGGAAAAGUUGCUGGGAAAUUGGUGAAAGCAUGGUUCGGAAUUCCAGCCGGUGUGACAGUUGGAGUUGCGCUAGGAGAUCUUCAAUGUUCGGUUUACGCACUACUGAAAGGACCGAGCGAAGCUGCUCUGAACAUCUCCACUUCGGCUCAGCUGGCCUACGUCGAUUCAACUUUCCGUCCCGGUGAGCAAUCGGCAUCCAGUGGUAUCGAGUUCUUCCCCUAUUUUGACGGGAAAUACCUGGCCGUCGCGGCCUCUCUCAACGGAGGCAAUAACUUGGCAACGUUUGUCAAAACUCUCCAACAGUGGACAAUGGAACUUGGAUUCUCAGUUCCACAAUCCAAAGUAUGGGACAGAUUGAUAACCCUCGGUCAAGAGGAUCGUGUUAGCAAUGGAAUGGAGAUUCAACCGUAUUUGCUCGGUGAACGUUAUGCUCCUGAUGCAACAGCUAGCGCGACAGGAAUAACCUUGGAUACGCUGCAACUAGGACACGUUUUCCGAGCACUUUGCUCGGGAAUAAUAAAAAAUUUGCACAAUAUGAUGCCUCAAGAGAUUUUGAAAGAAAGAGGAAUCGAGCGAAUAGUUGGAAACGGUUCGGGUCUCGUGAGGAAUCCCGUAUUGCAAAAAGAAGUUUCGCACUGGUUCAAAUUGCCUUUGGAGUUGGGACAAUCGGGAGAUGCUGCUCUGGGAGCAGCAGUUGCGAGCAUCGCGAAGAGCUAAACGCGAAGAGUGCAAACUUUGUGAAUCAAAGCUGAUAAGCUUUUGAUAAUCGCCCUUCCAUAAAAAUUGACGAUAAGAAAAAAACGAAGAUUGCCGGAGUGAAAAAAUAACAAUACAAUCGUUGCCAUUGGUGAAAGACUUGAGAUACUUUUCUAUGAAGCAAAUGAUAGGGAUUACUAUAAUUUUCGGUGAAAAUAUGAAUAUUUAUUACGUAAAAAUAACUAUAUCUAACGAGUUUCACUAUUUAUCGAUAAAACCUGUCGACAAUUCAUCAUUCCGGUGAGGAAUAUUUGUACGAUAUAAAACAGCAUUCGAAUGGUACAAAAUAUAGCUGCAAUAUCGAUACCAGAGUUGUCAAAAGUUACAUAGGAAAAAUUAAAAACGAUAAUACACAAUUCCUAACUAAAAUCUACGCGUGAUUGGCGUAGUGAUUGUAAUCAGUUCCAUUGUUCAUUGAUCGAUAUCGAAGUCGAGAAUUCGACGAAAAAAAAACACAGUGCCUAACUAAACUACGUAGACGUAGAAACUGUGAACAGUUCAAUAUUGUUAAACAGUAAACGUUCGAGCAACUUAGUCGCUUAUCGCGCACACAAAAUGUAUAGUUCACAGUCGUCAAUGUUGCCUUUGUCCAUUCCACGAGUGUUAAUAAAAAGAGAAAAUGGCACUGAA